UUAGUGAUUACGCCACGCAUACCGGAAGUGAAACGCAGAAAACGGUUGAAGUUUUUGGCACGCCCAUCUCUCUCUCUGGUUUUUUUUUGUAUCUUUGUUAAAUUGUUUUUUAUUUUAGGUUUGCAGUAUGAGUCUGCAGUGGACGGCUGUGGCGACUUUCCUCUACGCCGAGGUGUUCUUCAUCCUGCUGCUCUGCGUGCCCUUCAUCUCCCCCAAAAGAUGGCACAGAAUAUUCAAGUCUCGCCUGGCGAUUACCAUUACGACGUACGGGAACACAGCCUUCAUUGUGAUCAUCUGCAUCCUUGUGUUCCUUCUGGUUGAUGCGUUCAGAGAAGUACGGAAGUACAGCGUGACCGAUAAGGUGGAUCUCUCAAACAACCCCGUGGCCAUCGAGCACAUCCACAUGAAACUGUUCAGAGCGCAGAGGAACGAAUACAUCGCUGGCUUCGCCCUGCUGCUCUGCCUUUUGCUGCGACGUCUGGCCAGCCUUCUUUCCCAGCAAGCCACGCUCAUGGCCUCCAACCAGGCCUUCCAGAAACAAGCAGAGAGCGCGAGCGACGCCGCCCGGAAGUACAUGGAGGAGAACGAGAAGCUUCAGGAGAAACUGAGGGAUGCGGGAGUGGAGAUCCCGGAGGUGGGAGGCAAGGCUAAGAGCAGCGCAGAGGAGGAGAGCAAGACCCUGAAGGAGGAGGUCAGGAGACUGAAGGAUGAGCUUGAAGCCACCAAGAAAGCUCAUCAGAAGUCUGACGGUGAUGUGAAGGCGAUGAAAAAGCAGGCGGAGAAUCUGACAGUGGAAUACGAUCGCCUGCUGGAGGAGCAUGCCAAAUUACAGGCAUUGUUCGACUCUCAGCAUGACAAGAAGUCGGACUGAUGAAGUUUACCCCACGCACCUGUCUGUCUGACCUCUUCCUCCUUCAAGUCUGGUCCACACAUCACUUCCUGUUGCUGGAUUGUACAGGAUUUAGGAGCAAUCCCAUCCUGUAUGCUUGCUCUAAUAACGCUACGUUCAGUGUGUCGCAAAUCCUGUUUAUUCUUUGUUCUUUGUUUUUUUGGUUUUUUUGGGUAUGUGAAAGUUAGACCAUUUUCCCUCUUGAACGUAACCUAUUUUUGUAUCGUCAUAUUUUUGAGUGAGUGUGUGGUUUGAUGGGAAAGGGGUAGAGGGUUGAACGGUGUCUCAUUUUGUUUAGCAUUUUACUAGAUGGACUAAGAAAUUCUUGUGGAUUAUGAUGUUGGUAAUCCUGUUCAGAUGGUAAAAUAAUAUAAUUGUGUGAUUGUUUGCCGAGAAAGUUAUGUGGAAUUGUUUUAAGGUAUUCUCCAGUAGUUAUUUUUGCCUUAAAAGGAGACGAUUGAAUGAGUGCUUGUGUUCUAACUAAACGGUGGCGAGUAUGUGGUUUUUGGUGUCUGGUUUAGGCGUCGUUACACUAUACACUUUGACUAAGCACUAAAGACUUCCUCUCAGUUUACUUUCACAUGUUCCACCAUUGUAUCCUCCCUCCCCCCCCGUCCUUUCUCUUGUAUCUCUUUCACCCUCCUCAAGCCUUCGCUGUAGGAAAAUAAUCACCUCCGCUGUAGUCUCUGAAGCGAUGGCUCCGUCUCCUCCAGAGAAGUAAUAAAAAGGCACAGCGGACUAGUUUAUUCCAGUCCACGCUGGUUUCAGUUGCUCUCUGUGAAGCAGACAAAGCUGCGAUCGCAGCGACAGUGGCAGCUCAGAUCGUGUUUCCAAACAUCGCCGCGUCUAUCGAGGGUUUUCAAACGGCGUUAACCGCUGGAGGUUCGUGAUAUACAAGAGACAGAACGUUUAGCGUCAUCUUCUUAAUGGCUCCUAGUUUCAAUUUCCAACUGACUGCUUGUUAUUUAGAGUCAAAGAUCAAUAGCUGUUGUCUGGCUGGACGACUCUAAAUGAUGGCGAACGCAAUGCUUGUAAAUGGGGAAGAAAGAAAGAAAGAAAGAAAAAGCUCAUCACGGCAUGUCAUCGAGUGUGUACGAGAACCUGUGCAUGGGGUAGUCGCAGCUUAACCCAAACUAUGCUUCUCUUGGGUUGAGAAAUACUUUUUUGCAUUAGCUCCGUUAGUUUCAUGACAUCAUAGCAAAUCAUGAUGCUACUCUUAAAGUAGAGCUGAGGGGGAUCACAAAGGAUUAUGGGACAUAUAUGUAAAGCGUAAGUAGUUCAUAGCGGUGUCCUCGUGGUCUGUUUAACUACAUGAAGCAUAUGAGGAACUUUAUCUCCUCCAUGACCACCAGAUCAUAGUUCAGUUUCUUCUAAGAAUAGCUGCAGGUGAAACAUUAACCUUACUGUACCAGGCACUUAAUGUCCCUGUAUGUUUAAAGACUCGAGGCUAUAUUUGAGGCCGGUUAUCGUCGUUACGCUAGGGCUAGUAGGUUUCUAUGGUGAUGUUUUGGAUUUUAAUUGUGUGUUCAUUUGAUUGAAUGACUUCUCGCCAAUGUCAGUAAACUAGUUAAUGAAUAAAUGGGUAUCCAGCUCGAACCAGUUCAAUUCCAGUGCUUUUUGUUUUCUGCUUUUGAAAAAUGUUGCACUAGGACAUGUAAGUCAUUUUUUGUGUGUGUGUAUGAAAUCAUACAAAAUACUCUGCCUGAUUUAGCAGCACAUGAUUUUUUUUAUCGUGUUGUUCCUGAUUUCCCAGCAUGCUGCUUUUCGUCUGUAUCGCCAGCUCACAUGGUUUGGCACUGUGCUUCCACCAAAGUUGAAAAAGUGCAUCUAUUAAAGUCUUCAUUAAGAAUAA